AUGUCGAGACGCAGUAACUUGGCGACUGACGAGUUCGCGUCCAUACUCGCAAGACAAAACGGCUGCGUCAAAUGCUUAGAUGCCAGUCCUACAUGUCCAGCCUGUGACGACACGGAGGAGUGUCAGGUUACCGUUCCCUUGAACUGCACGGAAUGCCCAAAAGCAUAUUGUGCGGUAAAGUCAUCCACAACAUCGGUUGCAUCCUCGUCUUCCUCGUCGAGUAGUAACAGGCCAAGCGCCGGUGCCAUUGCAGGCGGUGUCAUCGGAGGUCUAGCAGCAAUAGCCAUCGUCACUUAUUUGGUCUGGAGGUUCUGUAUCAAGACCAAGAGAGGGAAUUUCGCGCAGGAGCAGUGGCAGCACGACCCCGAACAGUCCAAGGAACGUGGCGCCAACGACUUCGCAUCGGCCCGGUCACAACGCCAAUCAGCCUUCUCCGUCCAUUCAGUCGCCUCGACAGUCCUCACCCGCGCUUCCAACAUCAUCCAAAUCGCCUACAUUCCCGGAGUUACCAAUAGGGCCACCCCUACGUCUCCAACGCUUCUCGUUCCACCUGUCCCUCCAAUUCCUUUGGCUUUGUCGGACGCGGGCACCCCCUCGUCCUUUGAAGAGCAGCACUUCUUUGUUCCAGGAGACCUUCGUGAUUCGACGUAUUCUGGAAUCUCAGGUUACAGUGACCGCACAUCAUACGCCCGGUCCUAUGCCCCACGGUCCAGUGUUGCCUCGACUAUAUACGGUAAAAAUGCCGUAAUAUCGCCCAUGCCAGCCCAGAAGGGCACCCUUCUCAAGCCGUCUAUUGUCAGCGUCAAGUCGCGGGCAACCAGUGGCAGCGGGAGCGAGACCAGCACUCCUCCUGUCCCGUCUGUCGACUAUGAUAAGUAUGAAAAGCCGGAGCCGUCUCCGGCCUUCAGCAUCGGAGCCACCUUUUUCAAGAACGCAAGCGCAUCCACGGCCACGGCCGUCCGCCCACAAGUCGUCCGAGUCGGCAGUGGCCCCAAGAUGGUCGAUGCCAAGUCGCCGUCUGCUUCCGUUUCAUCUUCAGAAGUGGAAGAGCCCGAGCCGUUGAUCCAGGUGCGCGACGAGUCUCGUGCCAGAGAAUCGAGUGCGGAUGAGACGCCGGGGCCAUUUGCGGACCCUCCUCCGACACCAUCCGAGCACAGGAGCACCAACAACCUCAGUGCCGUGAUCGAAGAGGCAACGCGGCGGGCAUCUGCGCAUAGGGGCAGUGAUUCGAACCCGAGCCUUGUCGAGCGAGGUCGUAGCCCCUUUGGAGAUGAGCACGCCUUGAGGGAUUAA